AGAUUACAUUUUUAAAAAUUCAGAAAGUCUUGUUAUCUCCCUUCAGGAAGUAGCUUUCAAUGUUUUUCCCAGCAUUCCCAGCUUACUUCCUUUUGAUCACCAUCCUUUUCCAAGAUGGGUAUCUCACGAGAUAGAUGGCACAAGAGGAGAAAGACUGGUGGCCGUAUGGCCCAGAUAAGAAAAAAACGAAAGUUCGAACUUGGGCGACCUCCAGCAAUGACCAAGCUUGGACCCAAGAGGAUCCACACAGUGAGAACAAUGGGUGGAAACAAAAAGUACAGGGCACUUCGUCUUGAUCAUGGAAACUUCUCAUGGGGAUCGGAAAGUGUCACCCGCAAGACCCGCAUUAUUGAUGUUAUCUACAAUGCUUCCAAUAAUGAGUUGGUGCGCACAAAGACGCUUGUGAAGUCCUGUAUUGUCCAAAUCGACUCAACACCUUUUCGUCAGUGGUAUGAGGCACACUAUGCUACACCUCUUGGGCGCAAAAAGGGUGUCAAGCUGUCUCCCCAAGAAGAGGCUGUUAUCAACAAACCAAGAUCUAAAAAGGUGAAACGCAAGUAUGAGACUAGAAAAAAACUUGCCAAGGUAGAGGCUGCUCUUGAGGAGCAGUUUUCAUCAGGACGCGUUCUUGCAAAGGUUGCCUCACGCCCGGGAAGAGAUGGUCGAGCUGAUGGCUUCGUUUUGGAGGGCAAAGAGCUUGAUUUCUACCUCAGAAAAAUCAAGUCUAAGAAGGGAAAGUAAUUCAGCAAAAAAAUCUGAAAUAUAUUGGACAGUUUCCCACA